AUGGCCGAGCCCAUCAGAAACAAGCGGGCCGAUCCCCCCAUCGCUCCCACCCCUCAGAACACUCCUCUUAACACUGCUCCCAUCUCUUCGCACGCUCAGCAGCCCGGUGUUGCCAGCAUUAAGGAGGAGGACCUUGACCGUGCCGCCGCCGCCUCUAUCUUCGCCAAGGACCCCAGACUCGUGUCCCUUAUCCAGGGCCGUCUCGGCUCUCUCGUCGGCCGUUCGUCCGGCUACAUCGAGUCCCUCCCCACCGAUGUCAAGCGUCGCGUCGCUGGCUUGAAGGGCAUCCAGAAGGAGCACUCCAAGCUCGAGGCCGAGUUCCAGGAGGAGGUCCUCCAGCUCGAGAAGAAGUACUUUGCCAAGUUCACUCCUCUUUACCAGCAGCGUGCCGCCAUCGUCAACGGCCAGACCGAGCCCACCGAGGACCAGGUUCAGGCCGGUGAGGAGGACGAGGAGGAAGAUGAUGAGGAGACCGAGGCCGCCCCCAAGGAGAAGGCUUCCGAGUCUGCUGACAAGGUCUCUGGUAUCCCCGAGUUCUGGCUCUCUGCCAUGAAGAACCAGAUCUCCCUCGCCGAGAUGAUCACCGACCGCGAUGAGGAGGCCCUCAAGUCCCUCACUGAUAUCCGCAUGGAAUAUCUCGACAAGCCUGGCUUCCGCCUCAUCUUCGAGUUCGCAGAGAACGAGUACUUCACCAACAAGACUAUCACCAAGACCUACUACUACCAGAACGAGAGCGGCUAUGGUGGCGACUUCAUCUACGAUCACGCCGAGGGUGACAAGAUCAACUGGAAGGAGGACAAGGACCUUACCGUCCGCGUUGAGCAGAAGAAGCAGCGCAACAAGACCACCAAGCAGACCCGCAUUGUCAAGAAGACCGUCCCUACCGAGUCUUUCUUCAACUUCUUCUCCCCUCCUAAGGCUCCUACCGAUGAUGAUGAGUCCACCACCUCCGAUAUCGAGGAGCGUCUUGAGCUCGACUACCAGCUUGGUGAGGAUAUCAAGGAGAAGCUCAUUCCCCGUGCUAUCGACUGGUUCACUGGCGAGGCCCUCGCCUUCGAGGAGCUCGAUGAGGAGGACUUCGAGGACGCCGAGUUCGACGAUGAAGAUGACGAGGAUGAUGAGGAUGCCAGCGAGGACCAGGAUGAUGAGGAUGAGAGCGAUGAGGACGAUGAGGACGGCAGCAAGCCCAAGCAGGAGGCUGCUGAGUGCAAGCAGAGCUAA